GAUGGAUCCACGGGCUGCUCUGGAUCAAGAAUUCACUAUUAAUGAGGUUAUCACAUGGCAUUACAUGUUUAAUCAGGUGAGGCCCAUGUAUCGGUGCAGGAGGAAAUAUUAUAGUGCCAUUUAAUAUCUACCUGAAAUCAUUGCGGGCAGUCAUUGGAGUUUCAGGGUGAGAUGCGCCUCCGGCAAUGGCGGAUUUCCUCUGAUCGGGAGGAAUCCGCUUCGUGAGAAUUAGGGUCUGGACUGCCACGGCGAGGCGGAGACCCACCAAAAACCACAGGCGGGAGAAGCCUGUGGACGUGGGAUUCGGCUGGCACCUUUUGCGCCUCCCCUACUCACGGGGAAACCCGGUUUUGGGGAUCCGGAGCGACGUGGGGUGAAUGGCGCGGUGCUUCGAAUCGACUGCUCUUUUCACGGAGUGAAGCCACAUUGCUGUUGCCGGAGAGCGCUGACUUCUUCCUGUGGACAAUUGGAUUUUAAAUAACUGCCCGUGAGUAGAACGGAAAAUUGGACUAUGAAACUUCUUAAUUUGGCACCAAAGUGGGAAGGUCUAAACAGGAAGUCCGCCUUCUGCUUUUGUAAAUAGAUUGAAGCAAAGACAUUGCAAGCUAGAGUCUGGAAAGUCGUUUGUAAAGGAAUAAAUUUCCAUCAGUUAAAAUUACCAAACCCCCCUUGGAAGCAGGAGAAGAGGGGGGAAAUCUUAGACUGUUUAAACCUGCAGAAGAGAGAGUAAAGUAAGAUAAAUUUCCACCGUCUUGAACCUGGGAGCGGGGUGUCAGAGACAGACGCUUUGGGGAAGUUCAUUGACUGUGGAUAAAACGUUUUUUGACAGAUAGUUAAAAAAGAGAAACAUGUUGAUUCCCUUUUGCACUUAAAAGGAACAAAAUAUCUGAAAAACGGAAGGACUUUUGUUGCUGGAUCUGCUUUUAAAAAGACGGAUACAAACAGAAAUUGUUUCCUCUAGAGGGAGCUUGUGAAACUGUUGCUGGAGUCGAUCUGGGGAAUUCUACAGCUGUAGAGAUUAAAGAUCGUGAGACCAGACAUUGACCUUGAACAAGAAUGUGCCCAGAAGAAGCUUUAGUGCUUGCUUUUUGCAAGACAAGCGCUUUACUGGAACAGCUACAUGAGAAGAUGGAUUUGAUGACUGUUGCAGUUGGCAAUUUUGGACAAACAGUGAAUACCUAUACAGAAACUACUCAGGAACCAACCCAGGUAUGUGCUUUGACAGGGCAAGUUGUGAGGAUGAAGGAGGAGGUUGUUGCUGAACCUCAAGUAGUGGAAAUGGAGAGAGCUGCGGCCUUGCAGGAACAUAAGUUGUUGUUUCUGACGACUGAACCUGGAGAAAGUCAGAUUUGGAGAGAUGGAGUGCUGUUUGGUCUGGAGAUGGGAGGUUGGAUGGAUCCCCUGUGCGGGGAUGUUUUGACUUUUCGGAUCUGGUUUUGGGCCAGGGGAGUUUGGAGUUGUGGGGCCCUUAACCUUGGAGGGACUUUGAAACAUGCCUUCAAAUAUCUUUUGGAUUUCAGUGCUGACUAUGGAGAAUGGGCUGACUUGUUGAGAAGGGAUAAAGAUAUUGUCAAGUUGGAGUCUCCCGAGAGAAAGGAAGGAAAUUAAGAAUAAGAUCAGCAGAAGAUAAAGUAAAGUGCAGGUAUAAACAUGAAGAAGACCUGCAGAAGGGACAUGGAAAAGACUUAAGAGCCUCGGAUAGAAGGUCACCAGGUUGAUGGACUAGAUGGAAGGGAUAGAAAGGACUGAUAAAACCCGAGACCAGGAAGAAGAGACGAUGGAUGAAGAUUGGAAGAAAGUUUUUAAAAUUCAUUUAGAAAAUCAUUGUACAGUGGUGCCCCGCAAGACGAAUGCCUCGCAAGACGGAAAAACCGCUAGACGAAAGGGUUUUCCGUUUUGAAGUUGCUUCGCAGGACGAAUUCCCCUAUGGGCUUGCUUCGCAAGACGAAAAUACCUUGCGAGUCUUGAGGUAUUUUUCGCUUCCCCCUUUAUCUAAUCUGCUAAGCCUUUAAUAGCCUUUUAAUAGCCUUUUAGCAGCUAAUCCCCUAAGCCUUUAAGCCUUUAAUAGCCGCUAAACCGCUAAUAGCGCUAAUAGCGCUAAUCCGUCAAUGGGCUUGCUUCGCAAGACAGAAAAACCACUAGACGAAGACUCUCACGGAACGGAUUAAUUUCGUCUUGCGAGGCACCACUGUAAAAUUAAUGAGUAUUAGAAAAAUGUUGGAAUGAAACUAUUUAGCUUUAGUAGAAAUGUUAAAAGGAAUUAUGUAUAAAUAAGUUUGAAGUUUUAAGCUUUAGGGCUUUUCAUGGUAAGAUAAGGUUAAAAUAAAUUAAGGUAAUUUAAUGACAGAAUAUAGUGAAAGAUGGAAAGGAUUUGCUAAGAUAAUUAAUAACUAGAAUACAAAAAGGGAGGUGUGAGGAGGUCGAUGAAACAAGUUAACGAAAGAUAAAGAUUUGGGAAUAUUGGAUUUGUUUUUAAAUUUUUUGUUUAUUUUUGUUUUUGGUUUUGAUGUAUUGUGUGUUUUGUUUUUUCUUUUUUUUCUUUUUUGUUUUUAUUGACUUGUAUUGUUUAAUUUCUCUUUUUGUCUACCUUUUUUCCUUUUCCUUUUUUUUCUUCUUCUCUAUUUCUGUAAUUUUAAAUUCUCAAUAAAUAUCAUUUAAAAAAAAGAGAGAGAUGCCAUCAGUAUGAGUGAUGACACUCAGCUCUGUUUCCCAAUAACAUCUGAAUCAGGAGAGGCUGUACAGUCCCUGAAGCAUUGCCUGGAUGCACUGGUGAAAUGGAUGGUGACAAACAAGCUGAGCAUGAAUGUUGGCAAGAUGGAGGCGCUGUGGGUGAAGAGCUCCCGUGUCUGAGAAAUUGGUCAGCUGCCUACCCUCAAAGGGGUUACACUGCCCCUGAAGGAGAAAGUUCACCCUUUACUGGUGCUUCUGGAUCCAGUUCUGUCACAGGAGGCUCAGGAGGCCUCAGUGGCUAGAAAUCCCUUUUACCAGAGCUACAGCCAAUCCUGGAUCGGAAAAGCCUUGCCACCAUAGCUCAUACAUUGGUUACUUCAAAACUGGGUUACUGAAAUGAACUCUAUGAGGGGCUUCCCUCGCACUUGAUCUAGAAGCUGCAGUUAGUGGAGAAUACUCCAGCAUGAUUGCUGACAGGAGGGAAGCAUUGUCAGCAUGUCACACAUACGCUCAGAGAUCUGCACUGGUUGCCUAUUUUGUGCCAGGCCAAGUUUAGGGUGUUACUGGCUGGAUCUAUACAGACUGUAAAACUACUAUAAAAGAAAUAUUAUCUAGAUCUCAGUGCAAUUUUACAUUGGCGAUUUUACAUGCAUUUGUAACAUUUUAUACUGACCAGUGUGGAUUAGUCCCCUGUUAGUAUAUAAAGCCCUUAACAACUUGGAACCAGCUUACCUAUGAGAUCACCUUACCCCAUAUGUGCCCACUCAGCUUAUUUGAUUGGCAGAAUUGGCACUGCUACAUGUGCCACAUAAUACCCAUUCCUUGAUCAUUUUUAGUGACAGCAAUACACUUUGGAACUCUCUGCCUAUUGAGAUCAAGCAGGUAUCUUCACUGUACUCCUUUUGGUGUCUGCUAAAAACUUUCCUGUUAAGCAAGCCUACCUAGAUGCUGAUAAAGUUGAGGUAAUUUUAAUCUGUUUUAGUAUUUUAACUUUUGUAUGUCUUUAAUUAUGGUUGUAAGGACACAGGUGGCGCUGUGGUCUAAGCCACAGAGCCUAGGGCUUGCCGAUCGGAAGGUCGGCGGUUCAAAUCCCCGCAAUGGGGUGAGCUCCCGUUGUUCGGUCCCAGCUCCUGCCAACCUAGCAGUUUGAAAGCAUGCCAGAAAGUGCAAGUAGAUAAAUAGGUACCACUCCAGCAGGAAGGUAAACGGCGUUUCUGUGUGCUGCUCUGGUUCGCCAGAAGCGGCUUAGUCAUGCUGACCACAUGACCCGGAAGCUGUCUGCGGACAAACGCCGGCUCUCUUGGCCUAUAGAGUGAGAUGAGCGCCGCAACCCCAGAGUCAUCUGCGACUGGACCUAAAGGUCAGGGUACCUUUACCUUUAAUUAUGGUUGUAAUUUUUUUCUCAAUUUUAUUGUCUAAUCUUUCUGUAAACCACUUUGAGGUGUGUGGUGUUUUGUUUUGUUUUACAAUCAAGUGGUGUAUAGAUUUUAUGAAAUAAAUAAAUUAAAAUUACAUAGGAAGCUUUUCCACCCUGAAGUGUAAUUCAUGUCAGCAGUGUUCUGGGUUGUCUGAAAGUUUCAUAUAAGCAUCAACCAUCAAAGUUAUAAGUUUUGUUCUCUGUGGCUGUAACAAUGACAAGGAAAUUAGGUUGCAUUAUAUAAGGUUUUCUGAAGGCUGCUGCCAGGUUAUAUUGAUAUAACACAUUAUUCAUGUGGCUGUCCUUGAAGAGAAGUGAGAAGCUUUAAUUGCUUCAAAAUGUGCUCUUUCCACGGGACUGGUUUUUUCUUGCUAUAAAUCAAAUAUAUCAGAAAUUAAUUUUCCCUUUUCUUUUUAUGGCUAGGUGCUACCCCUUGCCAAGUGUAAUGAAAAUUGCCCCCCAGGCUAUAGCAGAAAAAAGAAAGAGGGGAAGCCAUUUUGUUGCUAUGAUUGUGCUCCAUGUCCAGAUGGAAAGAUUUCAGACCAAAUGGGUAAGAGAAACAAAAUGGUGAACAUACUAUGCAAUAUUAAGACGAACCUUGUUCUGUUGAUAGUCUCUCAAAUUCCUCCCCCAUUUCCAUCCAAUAAAUGUUAGGGGGAAAAGAUAUAUUCUAUUAUUGGUAAAUAUUCCAAAUCAUUUUUCAGAUACAUGAAUGUUUUGCUCUUUACAAAACAAGAUAUUUUCUGUGCACACUUAGCUUGGUAACUAACUUAACUGCUAGCCAACUUCUGUCCCCCCCCCCUUGCAUUAUAAUGUGAAAUUUACAAAUGGCUCCCUCCCCUUCUGGCCAAAGUGAUUAGAAUUUGCAGGGGCAUCAACCUGCAGGAGUAGAUUAAGCCGGCCAAAUUGCAGAGUGUCAGGGAACUGCCAUCGGUAGGAAGGGAGGUGAAAGGACUCAGACAGGUUGGAAGAGACUUAGCAGCUGAAGAGGAAACCAGCAGGGGGAGAGAAGCUGAACUGAGGGAGGUGAAAGGGCUCAGACAGGUUGGAAGAGAGUUAGCAGCUGACGAGGGACCCAGCAAGGGGAGAGAAGCUGAACUGAGGGACAGGGAGCUGGGGGGAUGGCUCAGAGAUACUUCCAGCGAAAACAGUGGUGAGGUUUCCGGACCUCCUGUAGCGACACCCACUCCUCGCCGGAAACUGUCACGCAGAGAGUCCAGAAGACGUGUUUCCGUUAAGGAGCUUUUAUGUUGGAAGCGAUUACGAAAGCAACCACUGUCGGAAUCUUCUAGUGACUAAGAGGAGCCAUGUCAGAGGGGCUCAGUCACAGACAGAGGUUUGUGGACUUGAACAAACUCUGAGGGAAUACGAUUUUACGCACAAGCAGCUCAUAAUCCCAUCACAGCAUUCCGACAGUCUUUGAACGCAGCUUGUGCAGGAGAAGGCAUAAUGAGCAACCCAGCAGGAACCGGAGAAGCAGGGGCUGGAGCGGGUCCAAGCCUGGAAGAAAGGUACCGAGUGUUGGAGGUCCAGCUGGCGCUGCAGACGGCGAGGCUGGAGGAGAGGAGGGCUCAAGAUGCAGACAAAGGGAGAAAGCCACCCAGCUCGCCCGAAAGGUACCAGGAUUGGUGCAAAAAUUUGGGGGGGAGCCCAAAGACUAUCAUAGCUUUCGGACAGAAAUGCAAUAUGCCCUCAAUCUGCAGUUUGAUGAUUUCCCUGAUGAGGAAUCACGAGUGGCUUUUGUGAUUGGGCAUCUUGAAAAGGGGGCGAGAGACUGGGUUAGACCCCUGAUGGCAGCUAAUAGUGACGUCUUAAAGGACACGAUGAAGUUCUUUCGCGCCAUGGAUCUGAUGUUUUCCAGCGAUAUUGAAAAGGGAGUGGUGCGCAGACAGUUAAUGGCUUGCAAACAGGGGAGCCGAUCUGUACGUGAGUACUGGACUGAGUUCACCAUGCUGAUACACAGAUUGGGGUGGGACUUAUCGGCGGAACCCAUUCAAAUGCUCUUUGAAGAAGGGCUUUCUUCGGCUGUGAAAGAUGAACUUUCCCGGGCGCCCAGGGCGGAGUCUAUGGACCAGCUGACCAAAUCAGCGCUGGCCAUAGGAGCGCGCCAGGAGGCGAGAGCAUUGGAGAGGCGGGAAGGGAAAGGGGAACGUUGGAAGGAGUUCCGCAUUCCAGAAAUUCCAGAGCCAACUGUCCCGCCGGCAGAGCCGAUGGAAAUCGGAACAGCGCGCGCGCGCAGUUUCAAAGCCCAGUGAAGGGGGAAAGAAGGAUGGAAAAGGCGCCCGGAAAUGCUAUCUCUGCCAACAGCCAGGGCACUUUGCCAGAGUCUGCCCCCAGAGGAAGGAAUGGCAAGGGAUGGUGGGAGCUGUGGAGGGAGGAGAGGAAAAAAUACCGGAGCAACUAAAAGCCAACGCCUGGCUGCCAUUGUCGGGGCACAGCAGCCAGGCCAAAGAGCAGUGAAAGUGCCCACUCCAGAACCUCCUAAACCCGCCCUAGUGAUAGAAGUGACACUAGAGCUCCCAAACGGACACCCUCUAAAGAUAAAGGCGCUGUUGGACUCAGGCAGCUCCUGCAAUUUCAUGAGCAAAGAGUUUGCAGCUGAACACCAGAUACAGACGCUCCCUUUAAGCAACCCCCUGCAGGUAACCACGAUCGAUGGCAGGGAGCUGUUGGGAGGAGAAGUCAGCUUGCAGACCGUCCCAAUGAUAAUGAAGGUGGCAAGGCACACUGAACUGAUAGCUUUUAAUGUGGCCACCUUGGGAGGAGCUCCCAUUAUAUUGGGGAUGAGCUGGCUAGCGUUACAUGAUCCGCUGGUGGGCUGGCAUCAGAGAGUGGUUUCUUUUGGGUCAGCACAUUGCUUAGAACAUUGCAAAGAGGGAAAGGUUUUGGCAGGGGCCCAAGCCACCCUAGCAGGGACUGAAGUGAAGGAGAACGUGAAGGUACCACGACAAUACGCAGAUCUCCGCGACGUCUUCAGCGAAAGGGAAGCUGACCAACUACCACCGCAUAGAGCCUUUGACUGUCAAAUCAAUUUGCUCCCUGGGGCACAGCUCCCUGUGGGCAAGCUGUACGCCAUGUCAGACAGAGAGAUGCAGGAGCUAAGAGAGUUCAUUGACAAGAACCUGAAGAGAGGGUUCAUCAGAGAGUCCAGGGCGGUGGGGGCAGCCCAGUGUUUUUGUGGACAAAAAAACACGAACAAGCCGAGACUGGUGUGUGACUUCAGGGCCUUAAAUGCAGUGUCAGAACCAGUGGCCUUCCCGAUGCCCAGGAUUGACGACAUUUUGACAAGGGUGCGAAAGGGAAAGAUUUUCACCAAGCUGGAUCUAAGGGGGCGUACAACCUGAUACGAAUAAGGAAGGGGAUGAAUGGAAAACCACCAUGUUCACCCCUUUAGGGGCAUUUGAAUACUUAGUUAUGCCCUUCGGUCUACAAGCAGGCUCCGCAACAUUUCAAUCGUUUAUGAACCACGUCCUGGGGCCGUUGCUUUACAAGAAUUGUGUGGCCUUCUUAGACGACGUGUUGGUGUAUUCUGAGAAUGAGGAGCAGCAUGUGAGAGACGUCAGAGAAGUGUUGAGCAGGCUGCAAGCCAACCAGCUGUGGGUGAAACUGGAGAAGUGUCAGUUUCAUACCAAGGAGGUGGAAUUCCUGGGGUAUCGCCUGUCUGACAAGGGGUUGGCCAUGGAUCCCGGCAAGGUCCAGGCGGUACUGGAAUGGAAAACACCCAAAACAAGGAAGGAUGUGCAGAGGUUUUUAGGGUUUGGGAACUUCUAUCGUAAGUUCAUCCCAAACUUUGCCCACCUGACGGCGCCCAUUACGGACUGUCUCAGCAGUAAGAAGAAGUUCGUUUGGACGGAGGAGGCGGAGCAAGCAUUUGAGGAACUAAAAGGGCCUUCGCCUCGGAACAACAGCUCCUGCAUGUGGAUUUACAAAAACCGAUGAGAGUGGAAACUGAUGCAUCAGACAGAGCGGUUGGGGCGGUGCUUCUCCAGCCAGGGAAGGAGGAGUCAGAGUGGAGACCGUGUGCUUUUUUCGCGAAAGCUGAACAAAUCCGAGAGGAACUACACGGUGUAUGACCGAGAACUACUAGCCAUUCAUGAGGCGUUCCGGAGAUGGAGGCACCUGCUAAUUGGCGCACAACAUAAGGUGCAAGUGUGCACUGACCACAAGAACCUAGAGUAUUGGAGGACGGCACGAGUGCUCAACCAACGGCAAGUGAGAUGGGCUCAGGAAUUCUCCAAAUUUAACUUUGAGAUUUGUUACGUGCCAGGCCCAGAGAAUAUUAGGGCGGACGCUCUCUCACGCAAACCUGAAUAUUUGGAAGGGGAGGGAGCACCCGAAGAGAGACAUGUCAUUCCAGAGGACCGCUGGGUGUGUGGGGCGGCAUUGGUGGGACAAAGAGAACUGGUAGAAGAAACAGAGAAUGAUGAAUACGCCCAGAAUAAGCUUAGAGGUCUUAGGGAUGAGGGAGAGGAAUCAAGGGGUUUCGAGGAAAGAAAUGGAGCUUUGUAUUACAAAGGGGCACUGUAUAUCCCUGAAGGAGACUUAAGGGGAGGGUACUCAAGCAGUUGCAUGACAGCCCCACGGCGGGGCAUUUUGGGCAACACAAAACCAUGUGGUUGGUCACCAGGGAAUUUUGGUGGCCUAAGGUGAGGGAGGAUGUACGUGAGUAUGUAAGAGGGUGCGAGCAGUGCCAGCGAGCCAAAGGGGAAAGGCGGGCGCCGGCGGGGCUAUUAGAACCCUUACCAACACCAGAACGACCUUGGGAGGCAGUGUCGAUAGAUUUUAUGACUGAUCUGCCGAAGUCCAAAGGGAAAACAGCCAUCAUGGUGGUGGUAGACCUACUAACAAAGAUGUGCCACUUUGUAGCUUGCUCGCAUGCAGUCACGGCGGAAGAGACAGCAAGGUUAUUUGUAGAACACAUUUUUAGGUUGCACGGGGUGCCAUUGAGGGUGGUCUCAGACCGAGGAAAACAAUUUACUUCCAGGUUCUGGAGGAAGCUCAUGAGCUUACUGCAGGUGGAGGUCAACUUUUCGACUGCCCGGCACCCUGAAACCAACGGGCAGGCGGAAAGAGCAAACGGUGUCCUCCAGCAAUACCUGAGGUGUUAUGUCAAUGACAGAGAGAAUGACUGGGUAGAAAAGUUGGCGCUGGCGGAAUUUGCCUACAACAAUGCCGAGAAUGUGUCCACAGGGAUGAGCCCCUUCUUGGCUAAUUAUGGGUGUCAUCCCAGGGCUUUCCCAGGGGAGAAGGGGAGAGAUGGAGCGUACCGGCAGCCGAGCAUUUUGUAGAAGAAAUGGAAGCAAUCCACCGUCAGCUCCAACUCAACUUAGAAAGGGCGAAGGAAGAAUACAAGAGGCAGGCAGACAAGAACCGAAGGGAAGGUGAAACCAUAAGGGUUGGAGAGAGGGUGUGGCUGUCAACCCGAGGGUUGCCGUUCAAAGGAGGUUGUAAGAAAUUAAGACCCAGGAGGUUGGGUCCCUUUGAGGUCAUUCAACAGGUCAACCCAGUGGCUUUCAGGCUCCGGUUACCCAACCACAUGAAACUGCACCCAGUAUUUCACAGGUCGUUACUGUCACCGUACGAGGGGGGACGAGAAGGGAUGGCCACUCGGGGACCGGUCAUAGAAGAAAGAGAAUGCAGCAGUCAUGUGGCAGAAAUCCUUGAUGCCAGGUGGAAGGGGAAUCAGGUGGAGUAUUUGGUAGCGUGGGAAGGAGAACCGGAGUCAGAAAACACGUGGGUAAUGGCCAAAGAUAUCAAUGACGAGGUAUUGAUAGAAAUGUUCCAUCAAAGGUUCCCGCGGAAACCUCAGCCUGUGGAGAGGUUCCGGAGGGAAUACUUUGGGACCACUGAGGAGGAGGAGGAGUUGGAAGGAUUCCCAGAAUCGGUUGGUGAAGGGGAGAUGGACUCGGAGGAGGAGGAGUGCUUCGAGACCAGGAACCGCAACAGGUGGAGAGAAGUGUUCGAGACAUCGGAAGAUGAAGGAAGUUCAUUCCGGGGUUUUGCCUCCUCACCGCCCGUAGAGGAGGGGGCGAGAGGGGGUGAAGGGGGCCCUGGAGGGGAGGUGGAUGUCAGGGAACUGCCAUCGGUAGGAAGGGAGGUGAAAGGACUCAGACAGGUUGGAAGAGACUUAGCAGCUGAAGAGGAAACCAGCAGGGGAGAGAAGCUGAACUGAGGGAGGUGAAAGGGCUCAGACAGGUUGGAAGAGACUUAGCAGCUGAAGAGGAAACCAGCAGGGGAGAGAAGCUGAACUGAGGGACAGGGAGCUGGGGGGAUGGCUCAGAGAUACUUCCAGCGAAAACAGUGGUGAGGUUUCCGGACCUCCUGUAGCGACACCCACUCCUCGCCGGAAACUGUCACGCAGAGAGUCCAGAAGACGUGUUUCCGUUAAGGAGCUUUUAUGUUGGAAGCGAUUACGAAAGCAACCACUGUCGGAAUCUUCUAGUGACUAAGAGGAGCCAUGUCAGAGGGGCUCAGUCACAGACAGAGGUUUGUGGACUUGAACAAACUCUGAGGGAAUACGAUUUUACGCACAAGCAGCUCAUAAUCCCAUCAUACAGAGUAACAGUUAUUGAAUGGUUUUGUUUGGGAAGUAAGAGAUAUUCACUUUCCUGCUUAAUCCCUUGUAGUAGGAUUUGGCAUCUGCAAAUCCUAUUGGAGCACUUACUGAUAUAUACUUAGAAGUAAAUUGGUUUUAAACACUUAGGGGGGAUUAUUAAUCAUCCCUAUAGAUGCCUUCAGGAGAAUAAGAUAUUUCUGUAUACAUUUUCAUACAGAAGCUGCAGAUCUGGAAAAAUAUAAUUGCACAGACAGGAACAGACACAUAAUUUGUUCUGUUUUUCAGAUAUAGAUGACUGUUUCCAAUGCCCAGAAGAUGAAUUUCCAAACAAGAACAGGCACCAAUGCCUCCCCAAGUCCAUGAACUUCCUCUCUUUCUCAGAACCUUUGGGCACCACUUUAGUUUUUUUUAUAUUGGCUGCUUCUUUCACCAUAGUUUUGGUACUAGGAAUUUUCAUCAAGUACAAGAACACUCCCAUUGUCAAAGCCAACAAUCGAGCUCUAUCAUUCUUUCUCCUCAUCUCCCUGUGCCUCUGCAAUCUUUGUGCUUUACUAUUCAUUGGCCAGCCUCAGUGGGUGACCUGCUAUUUACGUCAAACUGCUUUUGGCAUCAUAUUUUCAGUAGCUGUUUCUUGUUUGCUGGCAAAAACAAUCACUGUGGUUCUGGCUUUCAUGGCAACUAAGCCAGGAUCCACAAUGAGGAAAUGGGUGGGGAGAAAAUUGGCUAUUUCUAUUAUUCUUGGCUGUUCUCUCAUACAAGUCACUAUUUGUAGUAUAUGGCUAUCUACUGCACCCCCAUUCCCAAAUUUCAACAUGAACUCUUUGGUUGAAGAAAUCAUAAUAGAAUGUAAUGAAGGGUCAAUCACAAUGUUUUAUUUUGUUCUGGGAUACUUGGGAUUUCUGGCUUUUGUCAGCCUGACUGUGGCUUUCCUAGCCAGAAAGUUGCCAGACAGUUUCAACGAAGCCAAGUUCAUCACUUUCAGCAUGCUGGUGUUUUGCAGUGUUUGGUUGUCCUUUGUUCCAGCAUACCUGAGCACUAAGGGGAAAUACACAGUGGCUGUGGAGAUCUUCUCCAUCUGGGUCUCCAGUGCUGGGUUAGUAGGCUGUAUUUUUGUUCCUAAAUGCUACAUAAUUAUUCUGAGGCCUUCCCUAAACACCAAAGAUCAGCUAACAAGGAGGAAUAUGUAAGUGUAUUCCUUCAAUUACAAAUAGUAAGUAAAUUUGUCUUAUAUUUGUAUAAUGAAUGCCUUAUAGGUCUUUCCAUGGUACUUUUAAUGGCGGUUGACCCAUUAUGGCAAACAAGAAUGAGGCCUCCCAAUUGAAAUGCCAAGCAAAAUGUGUAAACAUUAUCAUAAAAUCUCAAAGACACACUCUUUCUUAUUCCACAUGUCUCUCCAUAAUCCAUUUGAGCUGUUAGUCCCUCUUAUCCCGCAUACUGGUGAGUCAGCAAUCUGCACCACACGGCCAAACUCGGUACAAAAACUUGCUUGCUGAUCCAUGUUUGCCUCUUCUCUCCUUAGAGAACAAUGCCAUCCUAUCCAUCAC